ACCGAAACUCAGCUGUUAAAACCGCUGCCUCUGCACUUUGGAAUCCCAUCUUGAGACUCGCUAAGCGUCCCAGCCGCAUCCCUCCCGCAGCGACGGCGGCCCGGGACCCGCGGGCUGUGAACCAUGUACACCCGCCAUAGAGUGAUGAGCUCCGGGCUCGGCGCCUCCCCUGCCUCCCGCCCGACCCGGGAUCCCCAGGACUCUUCUGGGCGGCAAGGGGAGCUGAGCCCCGUGGAAGACCGGAGAGAGGGUUUGGAGGCAGCCCCUGAGAGCCCUUCGCGGGAGAGCGUCGUGCACGCGGGCCAGAGGCACACAAGUGCAUACACCUUGAUAGCACCAAAUAUCAACCGGAGAAAUGAGAUACAAAGAAUUGCGGAGCAGGAGCUGGCCAACCUGGAGAAGUGGAAGGAGCAGAACAGAGCUAAACCAGUUCACCUGGUGCCCAGACGGCUAGGUGGAAGCCAGUCAGAAACUGAAGUCAGACAGAAACAACAACUCCAGCUGAUGCAAUCUAAAUACCAGCAAAAGCUAAAAAGAGAAGAAUCUGUAAGAAUCAAGAAGGAAGCUGAAGAAGCUGAACUCCAAAAAAUGAAGGCAAUUCAGAGAGAGAAGAGCAAUAAACUGGAGGAGAAAAAAAGGCUUCAAGAAAACCUUAGAAGAGAAGCAUUUAGAGAGCAUCAGCAAUACAAAACCGCUGAGUUCUUGAGCAAACUGAACACAGAAUCGCCAGACAGAAGUGCCUGUCAAAGUGCUGUUUGUGGCCCACAAUCCUCAACAUGGGCCAGAAGCUGGGCUUACAGAGAUUCUCUAAAGGCAGAAGAAAACAGAAAAUUGCAAAAGAUGAAGGAUGAACAACAUCAAAAGAGCGAAUUACUGGAACUUAAACGGCAGCAGCAAGAGCAAGAAAGAGCCAAAAUCCACCAGACUGAACACAGGAGGGUAAAUAAUGCUUUUCUGGACCGACUCCAAGGCAAAAGUCAACCAGGUGGCCUCGAGCAAUCUGGAGGCUGUUGGAAUAUGAAUAGCGGUAACAGCUGGGGUUCUCUAUUAGUUUUUUUGAGGCACCUAAGGUGGGUCACUUAAAAAAAAUCCCUUUAAAUAAUAUUCCCUCUGAUACAAUAGGUGAGGCUCUUUGGGAUGCUGUGGAAACUCUAAAUCCUAUGUCUUCAAGGGCAGUUAAGCAUUUCCUAUGACCAAUGAGGCAACCUGAGAUUUUAAUUUCCCAAAGUGUUAGAAGAAACAGCAAUGGUGUGUAUUCCAUACGUAGCGUGGCCCAGCACUGCAGAAGGCUUGAUGGAGGUUUCUUGACCCUUUGCACAUGGUAGGAGUGGAGACUCAUCAAUCUAUCUCCCUACAUCAAGGUCCUCUUAGAAGUCACCUUUCUGCUGCAUAAUACAGCGUAACCCUACUUGAGACAUUUCCAUUUAAAUUGCUCUGUUCCACAUGUGUUCAUCCUGUCCUUGCUGUAACUGUGUAGGUGGGUGACAACAUUUUCGAACUGUAUAUUUGUCACCUCUGUUAGUCUAUCUCUAAGAACACAGCCAAUAAGACAUCACUUGACAAGCCAUUACCUUAUUGACCAAGACUAUUUUGUGAAUCAAAUGCAAUGUGACUUGAAAAUAAAAUCGUUUCAAUGGUCAUUUAAGUUGUUAAUUUUAAAAAACGGUCAUUUUAGCUUGAUGCGUAAGAGCGUUCUUUGCAGGAACUUCAUUUUUGACUACAAAGGCUUUGAAUUUUAUUUUGCUGCUUGCAGUAAUUUUUGUUUUCUUUUUCUUCCAGGAUAUAUGAGAAAAUAUUGACUCCUAUCUGGCCUUCAUCAACUGACCUCAAAAAGCCUCAUGAGAUGCUUUUUCUUAAUGUGAUUUUGUUCAGCCUCACUGUUUUUACCUUAAUUUCAACUGCCCACACACUUGACCGUGCAGUCAGGAGUGACUGGCUUCUCCUUGUCCUCAUUUAUGCAUGUUUGGAGGAGCUGAUUCGUGAACUCAUAUUUAAUCUCUACUGCCAGGGAAAUGCUACAUUAUUUUUCUAAUUGGAAGUAUAAUUAGAGUGAUAUUGGUAGGGUAGAAAAAGAGGGAGUUACUUGAUGCUUUCAGGUUAAUCAGAGCUAUGGGUGCUACAGGCUUGUCUUUCUAAGUGACAUAUUCUUAUCUAAUUCUCAGAUCAGGUUUUGAAAAGCUUUGGGGGUCUUUUUAGAUUUUAAUCCCUACUUUCUUUAUGGUACAAAUAUGUAAAAGGUCUUAUAUUCUUUUACACAAAUUUAUAAAUAAAUUUUGAAUUCCUUCUGUAUAAA